UCAGCUUCAGACCACCUCCUGCAGACCCACUGUGACGGCCGAGGAGGGAUCCUGGUUGCCAUGGCGUCGACCAAUGAGAGCGGGGAGCAUGGCGAUCAGACGGUUCCUGAUGGAGAGGAGGAGGACAGGAGCGUCCAAGAGAUCCAGUCUCAUUACCUCCGCUGUCCGUCACCCAGUUUCUCGAUGGCGUCAGAGUCCAGGUUCUCCAUGAUUUCCGGCUCGGACGCUGCGAGCAUCUUCAUGGAGCCCAUCCACCUCUCGUCCGCCAUCGCCGCCAAGAAGAUCAUCAGCGAGGAGCUGCCGCCUCGCAGCGUGCGGGCCGAGUCCGUCCCGGAGUCCAUGCUGGAGACCGCUGAGCAGCUGAUGGUGGAAGACCUGUACAACCGAGUCAGGGACAUGAUUGAUGACCGCAGCCCUUACAACACCCCCUGUGUGCUGGACAUCCAGAGGGCCAUGGUGCAGGACCGCCUGGAGGCCCCCGUCAACCCCGUGGACGAGGUGUGGCCCAACAUCUUUGUCGCCGAGAAGUGA